GCGCCCGCGCCCAGCCUGGCUGUUCGGCCCCGGGGCGCACCCGCAUCUCCUAUAGUCCCUGCCGGCUCGCGGCCCGGGGGCGAGUAGCGGCCUCUCCAUCCCGCCCGCCGGGGCUCGGCCAGGGGGAUUCCCAGCACUCUGCAGGCGCCCGCGCGGCCGCCCAAAGAAGCCCCCGAGCGAGGACCCCGCGCUGGCCGCGCCAUGGCGGCCGCCGGCGGGGGCGCGGCGCAGGAUGAGUUACAUCCAAGGAAUCUCAUCCCAGAGCUUUGUAGACUGUUUUAUGGUUUAGGCUGGGUAACGGGAACUGGUGGAGGAAUCAGCUUGAAACAUGGAGAUGAAAUCUACAUCGCUCCUUCAGGAGUCCAAAAGGAAAGAAUACAGCCAGAAGAUAUGUUUGUUUGCGACAUGAAUGAACAGGACAUCAGUGGUCCUCCACUGCACAAGAAACUAAAGAAAAGCCAGUGCGCACCUCUUUUUAUGAAUGCCUACACUAUGAGAGGGGCAGGCGCAGUGAUCCAUACACAUUCCAAGGCUGCUGUUAUGGCUACCCUUCUUUACCCAGGGAGUGAGUUCUCUAUUACCCAUCAGGAGAUGAUAAAAGGAAUCCAGAAGUGUACUUCAGGAGGCUAUUACAGAUAUAAUGAUACAUUAGUGGUUCCUAUUAUUGAGAAUACUCCAGAAGAGAAGGAUCUCAAGGAGAGAAUGGCACGUGCAAUGGAAAAAUACCCUGACUCUUGUGCUGUCCUGGUCAGACGUCACGGUGUUUAUGUAUGGGGAGAGACAUGGGAAAAAGCCAAAACGAUGUGUGAAUGUUAUGACUACUUGUUUGAUAUCGCAGUGCAGAUGAAGCAGCAUGGGCUAGAUCCUUCAAAACAUCCAGCAGGAGAAAAUGGGAUCUUGUAAAUGUCAACAACAUUUAUAGCCAGGUUUCUUACAUGAUGAUGAUAGGAGUUCCAGCUUUCACCUCACACUAUUGAAGCCAGAAGGGGGUGCUGAUCCUCAGCUGAUUGACAAACAUCAACAGGAACUUUUAACUGUUAAACGCACCCAAGAAUUAAAGGAGAGUUAAAAAACCCCCAACUGCUGAACAAUCAUUGCAAUUUACAAGUCCUGUCAAAUGUCACAGUAGGAGGAAUGAAAAUUCAGAUGCAAAAAUACUUCAAAAAACUUUGGAGAACUUAUGUCACAUUUUGGUUUUGUGCCUUAAAAAUUUGUAUUUCAACAACCUGCACUUGUUCAUCCUGCUCUAAUGCUACAUCAAUUAUUUUGAAAUAAGUCUGCAUUUCUGAAAGUUAUUGACCUCUGCUUAGCCCCCCCCAGGGUAGAUUUAAUCAAACUGCUCAUUAAAAUAGAGUCUCACAUAAUUAUGACAGAACCUUCUGGAAUGGCCCCCUGGUGACAUCAGUGUAAGCCUCGAUUGACCAACUUUCUAAUUGAGUAUUGAGACCUCAGUCCUGAGGGUGAACUGAGACAGGCUAAGUGCCAGCUGAGCCUGGUUUCUGCUAGGGGCCAUGCAUUCCCUCCACUUCCCCUUCCAUAAUCUCUGGCACUUUUUUGGAGCUUCCAUGAGGCAAAUUAACUCUUCAACCUAAAAUAAAACUGCUGUAGGAGUGGGGGAAAAAAAAUGUUUAAAUUGUUUCCUACUAAGCCACUGAUAAAAACAUUGAAUCAAGUCAAAGAUGGGUCCAAAGAGAACCUAGAAACAGGUCAAGAGAAGAUGGCAGAUGCCAGAGAUGGCAGACACCACUUCCCCCUUUUCCUGGGGAUGACAAUAAGGCUUAGUGUUCUGUGUACCUUAGAUAUGUUUGCCCUUCCCUCUUGUACUUCUGUACCUGCAGGGUGCAACCUUUAACCCUUAGGGGGACCUUGGUUAUUGUGAAAUAGUGAUUAUCACCAAGUAACUAAAGGUUGUUGACUAUAUGUUUAUUGAUAUGUUUUUUUUCAUUAUUAGACACUUGUUUGUCAAUGGCAAAUAGUUUGCAGUGAUUCCACAUCUUCUGAGUGUAUGUGGAUUGCAGUAAGAACUUGUGUGAAAAUGCUAUUUUUUAGGCCAGAGGUGACUUUGGAUAGGCUGCUUCACUUAAGCAUAAAAUAUCUCUGAAGUGUGUUCAAGACUUGAGAAGUGCAACUGACCUUAAGGGAAAGCAGUCUGUAAUUCUCUUAGCUUUUCUUCCCUGUGGAUGUACUAAUAAAAAUACUUCUUCAUCUGACAAUCCAAUUAGUCUUGAAAUGUAGUUGCCAUCUAUUCAUUGUGGCCUUUAAUUCUUUAUUUAAACUGCCUGAUUUUUGCAAAAAAUAACUUUGUGUAGUAUUCUGAUGAUGAUUUCAGAACAGAUGAUAAUUGUAUCAUUCCAUGAUACUGAUGUUUUGUAAGGAUGAAAAACAUUUUACAUUUGAUGCUUUUUUGUUUUAUGUAUGUAAAGACAAACUGUAAAAGAACACUCACAAGGAAAGGUAUUUUUUGCCAAAUAUAUUCCUCUGGGGUUGUGUUACAAUAUUCACUUUCUUAUGCAGCUACAAUUUGCUCUGUAGCCUUUCUAAAAUCUGUAAAUCACCACAUUUCUACAGUAGUGGUUAAAGUCUUUCAUACAGGAUUCCUAGAUGCUCAGAGUCCCAUUCAGUGAUUUGGAAAUGAGUGAAAUGCACCCUUCUCAUGUUUUCUCAUAUGAAUCCUCAUCAAAGAAAUGAAUACCUUCACAACUCUGGUGGCUUCAUAACCCUGUGAAAUAAUUACUGUUUCCUGAAGUGCUCAGAAAGCUCUGGCAGUUAGCUCCAAUUAUGUAGAACAAAAAUAGGAAAAUGUCUCAUACGAUUCAAAGCUUCUUGACUGACAUAAUUUUUAAGUCUAUCUCUUUUCCUGAUGUGAAUAGUAGGCUUAUAAGCCAGCUGGGUAUUUUUCUGUGUUUGCAGCAGACUUCAUCUCCACCAAAGCUGAUUAUCUAGAUUUAGUAUCACCAGAUAGACUCAUGGCAGAAUGACAUAAUUUCCAUUUAAAUGGCUCAUCCAAAAAGCUAAGUAAGUUCCAAAGUUUCUCAAAAAAAGCAACUUCCUAGCAAAUAUCCUGCUUGCUUUCCAAGAAGGAAAUAAAACUGCAGAAUACAGGAUCUUGAAAUGUUAAAAGAGAUAGAACUCUUGACUUACCGUAAGCAGUUAUGAUGCCAAUAUAUGUUCUGUCAUAAAUGCUGUCAUGCCUGAACAAUUGGCAUCCCCUUCAACUCUGAAAUUCUAAUUAAAAAAUUAACAUUAAAAAAGCCCACUGACUAGUGGGCUUUUAUAGUUUAUAAAUAAACUAGUUUAUAAAUAAACCAGUAGCCUUCCUCUAAA